AUGUGGGCCCCCCAUGAUGGCGAUGUAAUUCCUCUGUCUCCCCAGGGGCCCCCGCAGUUGCCCGAGGCUCUUCUUUGCAUAUCGAAUCUGGGGGACUCUGACGAAGUCGAUGCCGCAGUAUAUUCAGCUCUUGAGGCCCUUGAGGCGGCCUACAUAAACCGAGACAAACAAUGCUUCAUGUGCAGCAGCAGCAGCAACAGCAGCAGCAGCAGCAGCACGAGCAGCAGUGACGGUUUGGCGUUGCCCCGUGAGGUUUACGUCCGGCGUCUGCUGCUGGCGUUUGCCCGCGACGUAGAAGGCAACUGGCUGCAGCAGCUGGAGUGGUUUCUGGUGAAGUGUGCUUCUUGCUGCUGCUGCUACUUGGGGGCUCAAGAUGAUCUGCUGCGCUCCUUCUCCUGUUACAGCAGAGACCAAACUGCAGCACUUUAUCUCUACAGAGAAUGGCUAGCCUUCGACCUUUGCCGCCUCAUGCGCUGUCUAUACACUCUAAGCAGCAGCAGGCCGCGCCGCAGCAGCGCAGCAGCAGCCGCUCCGCCCUCUGCUGCUGCUGCACUAGCCGAUCUAGGCUUGCCUGCAGCAGAGCCACGUGGACCUGUGGAUGCGGCGGGGAACGAGGAGCACCUUUGUUCGUACAGCAGCAGCAGCAGCAGCAGGCGCAGCAGCAGCAGCAGCAGCAGGUGCAGCAGCAACACAAUCGCUGAAACCACAGUAGUGCAACUGCUGAUGGCUGCCAGCCGCCUUUUGAGUGCUCGAACAGAAACGCCAGCAAAUGUGCUGCUGUGCUUCCUGUCCGAGCGCAUCUCAGUGCCGCUGCUGCUGCAGUUGCUGCUGCAGCCACCUUCCCAGCAGCAGAAGCAGCAGCAGUCGGGCAGCACAUCGCUGGGGGCAAACGAAGCGCGCAGAAGGCCACGCCUUCCUGCUUGGAUUCCCGAUGGAGGGUCUAGGGAGGACUUGCUGCUGCUUCAGCAGCAAACUACAGGCCUGCAUGCGCUGCUGCAGCAACUCCUGUUGCUGCAGCAAGAGCAGCGGCAGAAGAUUCAGCGGCAGCAGACGCAUGAAUUUUUCGUAGAGAUUGACCAGCAGCAAGAAGCGAAAGAAUUGCAUGCGCUUACAGAGCAGCAGCAACAACAACAACAGCAACAGCUGCUGCAGCUACUACUUCAACAGCCACACGUGGCAGACCUUAGCUUAUCUUCACUUUGUCUGCUGCUGCCACUGCUGCCUGACCCGCUGCAGUGCAUGUUUGCUGCUGCUGCGCUCUCCCAGCAGCUGCCAGAGCUGCUGCUGCCGCAGCUGCUGUCACUACAGACACAUUCCCUCCUGUGCCUCCGCGCAAUUUGCUGCGGCGCACUUCAUUCAAUAGCUCUCACACACUUGCAUUUGUUGCAGCAGCAGCUGCAGCCGGCAGCCUGCGCUGCUGCUGCUGCGGGUGGCUGGAGUAGCAGCAGCAGCAGCAGCUGCUGCAGUAACGAGGAGGUCCUCGGGAGCCCCAGCGGGCUGCUGCGAAUUGUCGAUUUUUGGCUGAAGGCUCUUGCGUCUUCUUGCUGCAGUUUAGUGUGCAGCAGCAGCAGCAGCAGCCUGGAGCAAAACGAGCAGCAGCAGCAUCCGAUGCCAACGGCCAAGGGGCGGCUGCUGCUGGAUGCAUCACCGGAAAAGCUUUCUACCUUCUCCCAGCUCGUGGGGGCUCUUCACAGUUUGUUUGUAGUUUUGCUGCUGCAGCCGCACCCGGCUGUGCUGACGGUGCUGAAGCAGCAGCAGGAGAUGCCGGAAGUGCUGCAGCAGCGCGUUUCCGCAAGCCACCAGCAGCGGCCGCCCUGGCAACGCUGUGCUGCUGUUGCUGCUGCAGUGUUGGCUUCCUGCUGCAGCAGCAGCAUUUGCGAUUCUGGCAGUGUCAGCAAAGCCACAGAAAGCAGCAAGAGGGACUCGCGCGGUGAAGGAGCAGCAGCAAAAGCGAAGUCACCAGGAGAUCAUGGUGAGAGCGCCAAGGCCUGCAGCAGCAGCAGCAGCAGCAGCAGCAGCAGCAGCAGCAGUAUGGCAGUGGAUGCCUCUCAGGUGUACGCACACCUCCUUGGGCUGCCUGCUGACGCAGAAGUGCUACCGCUGUUGGGGGGAGAAGCAACUCGCCCGCUGUCGCUGUCGCUGCUGCAGUCACUCUCCUUGCCUGUGGGGGCCUUGCUGCUGCUGCUAAAGCAGCGACUUGUUAGCAACAGAAGCAGUAACAAGGGGAGCAGCAACAGCAGCAGCAGCAGUAGCAGCGAGAGUGGCAAUGUGCCUGAGCCCCUACGCGGAGGAAAGCAUGACCCAGGUGCAGCACAGCAGCAUCACACGACAGGUACGCCGCAGCCGGAGGCGCAGCAGCAACAGCAGCAAGAGCACAAGCAGCAGCAACAGCAGCAGCAGCAGCAGCAGCACGAGCAACAGCAACAGAAGCAGGAUGAGCAGCAAGAAGAUGCAGUAGACGAUGACUACUUGCAGUGGCUCGACGACCCGGAGAGCCUUGGGCCCCUUCCUGUUGAUGCGCCCCUGCAUCAACAAGGAACAGCAGCAGCUGCAGCAGCAGCCACGGAAGGUGAAACAGCUGCGGCAGUGCCCGUAGAGAAGGGAACGCUGGUGGGCGAGACUUUUCCGCAGGCACAGAUGGCUGAACAAGAACAGCAGCAGGCCGAGCUUCGACAGCAGCAGAGGCGGGAGCAAGAGCAGCAGCAGCAGGAAGCUUUGAUUCACUUUGCAAGCUGCUGCAAUGAGGCGCUGCAGCUUGUUCGGAAGGUUCUGUCGUGCCCUCCGCUAAGGGCAGUCUGCCGCUGCAGCAGCACAGGCAACAGCAGCAACAGCAGCAGCAGGAAGAGCAGCACAUUUGGUGAUGGUCCUGGUGGCUUUGCUGCUGCUGCUUCAGGCGCGCGUCCUCCCCAGAGCCCCUCACCCUGCGUUGCUUCGUAUGAUGCUGCUGCAGAAACAUCGCCUGCUGCUGCAGUUUGCUGCGGCACCUGUUUUGCACGCGCCUUCAGAGGUGACUGGCACAAGCUGCUUCGGCGCUGGCAGCGGAUGGGGGAGGGUCUUGUUGCUGUUUUGCGUCCUGCGGUUGCUGCAGAUGCAGGGGCAGACGGGCCUCCAUUAGUGCUGUUACUGAACAGCAGCAGCAGCAGCAGCAGCGACAAUGCCGGCGGCAGCGGCGCUGAGGACCCCGCCUUGCAGGCGAGACUUCGCUUUUGUUUGCUGACACAGCUGCACCUCGCUGAGGCAGCAGCAGCAGCGGCGGCAGCAGCAGCAGCGGAAGAGGCUGAGAAUGACAGGGAGUCUGGGGGCCCCAGCUGUAGCCCGGGCUCCCCAAGUACCCUCCGAGGGGCCCUCGAGGGCCCCGAGGACGCAGCAGGUAGGGAAGUUAUUGUGGAGGUGCACGACUUGGACUCAGAGGAAGGUACAGCACUGGAGGCAGCAGCAGGCCCCGCUGCUGCUGCAGCUGCCACUGCAGCAGCUGACUAUUCAGCAGCACAGCCCGCAGCAGCAGCAACUGCGGUACCUGCUGCGGAAGCUAGCACCGGCUCCUGCCCUUCUUGGGUAUUCCAGUUGGAGGAGACCAAAGAGGAUGCAGAGUUGUUCUCGCUGUUUACUGAAGAAGUGCAACAGCAGCAACUGCAGCAGGCAGACGCUGUACAUACGGCGGGAACAGCAGCAGCUGUCCAGAGCCAGUGGAUAGCGCAACAACUGCAGCAACAGCAGCAGCAGCGGCAGGAACUGCAGCAACUGGAGCAACUGCAGCAGCCAGUGAAAUCAAGCGACACUCUAGCGCUCUCGGAGGAGGAUAUAUGGGAUGCAGCUCUAGCAGCGGACGCAAUUGUUUGUUCCAGCAGCAGCGAAGAUGAUGCAUUACCCGAUGCAACAGAAGCAGCGGAGGCGGCAGAAGCGGUGGAAGCAGCAGCAGAAAUAGCAGCAGCAGCAGCGGGAGCGCAAACAGCUACAACAUCUGCAGCAGGAGAGAGACGCGUGUCUUUCAUCUCGCUCUCCAGUGACAGCGAGUCCGUAGAAGAGAAGCCCCCAGAAAAGCCGGAACGUGAACUGCAGCAGAAGCGCUCUGCUGCAGCUGUCGCUGGCAGUGCUGCUCCUGCUGCUAGCAUCCCAGCGGCCGUUGCUGCUAGACGCGCAGCGCAGCCUUUGAAAGCUGCUGCUGCAGCAACAGGAGCAGCAAGAAAACCGCUGGGAGCAGAAAGGCAGUGGUACAAAGAGGCGGCUCAGCGGCUGCUGGCGCGGCGCGUAGGUGCCCUGAGUGGUCGCAGCAGUUGUAUUUACACUAGCGGCAGCAGCAGCAGCAGCAGCGGCAGCAGCAGUAGCAGCCUAAGAAGCACUCUUUUUAAAUCCAGCUUCAAAAAGAAGCACUUAGGCUUAUUUGGCAGCAGCAGCGGAGGAAGCAGCGCAACGUCUGAGCGGAGCAAGCAGCUCCAAGAGAUACGGAGGGAGGCCCACAGAGAGGCAGCAGCUGCUGCAAUCCCACGUUCCGAGAAAAGCGCUUCUCGCUGUGUAGCAGCAGACGCAGCUGCAGCAGUAAACGCUGCCAAGAGGCAGCGACUCAAUGAAGUGGAGACAGAGCAAGCAGCUGCAGCAGCAGCAGCAGAAAGACAAAGAAACAACGCAAGAUUCAGGGAGCGGGCAGCUGCAGCAGCAGCAGCUGCUGCUGCUGCCCCUCCCCCAGUGGAUGCGCGCCCCAGUGUGCGCCUGUUGUCUCCUACUGCGGCCACAGCAGAGAGCAGCACCAAUGACGCCAGCAGCACCAAACGCUGCGCUACCCCCCAGCAGCUUACACGACAAGUUGUGGAGUUGCUGCGGUGGCAGCGGCGCUGCUGGCAGCAGCAGCAGCGGAGGGCGAGUGAGACUGCUCGUGCUGCGCUGUUAGGGUUCUUGUGGAGCCUCCUGGAGACGGACAUAUUCUCCCUUGCGUCCUCUGCUCAAGAAAUGCCUCUCUCAGCAGCAGCAGCAGCAGCAAAAGACAGCAGCAAAAGAUUACAGCCGGAGGUCGCUGCACUUGCGGCGGUCGCCAAGACACACCCUCUGCCCCUGCGCUUUGAUUCGCUGCAGAAUCUGCAACAAGGCAGUCUCCCGUUGCUGCUGCUGGAGUGUCUGUACGGGCUGCGUUGUGGCAUAAGACAAAAUCGACUAAAGGGGCAGCGUUGUGUGCUAACUCGCCUGCAAACUAUGGGAACACAAUGGAGCUGUGCAACCUUUUCAACGGGCGCCGCAGCUGCUGCAGCUGCUGCUGCUGCUGCUGCGGCGGCGACGCCUGCUGGGGAAUCCGGCGCAGCAGCAGCAGCCGCGGCUGUAGCUGCGAAUGCAGCUGCUGCAGGGGGAGAGGGAGCGAUCAUCAGGCCUGGAGAUCUGCUCUUGCUGAUUCCAGAAAGCCCUUUUUUUAGAGCUGAGGAAACAGCAGCAACAGCAGCAGGAAAGCCCCAGCAAAACGAAACCGCCAGCAGCUGGUGCGGCAGACUCAUCGAUGAGCGGGCAGCAAGGCCGCGCAACGGCUACACCAUUGGUGUAGUUGAGUACUGGGGCAGCCAAGAGCAGCGCCAGGAGGGCCUGCUGGUGAGGCUGGUGCUGGGGGCCUCUGUCACUGCGUCAGUGGAGCCUCAAAGGAUAAAUUCGCUGCGCCUGAAUCUCAACAGCAGCUGGUGGCUCUUCGUGCUGCAGAGCCUCACACCGCUGCUGCGGGAGGUGAUGGGGCUUUACCAGUGCAGCGCUUGCCCGUUUAUGCCCUCCAUUCUUUCCCCAUUUCGGACGUCUGUACAAUCCAAGCAGCAGCAGCAGCAGCAGCAGCAAAAGCAGAAGCAAAAGAGUUGCCUAACCUCGCACUCGCUGAAGCCUGCAACAGAUCUUGCUGCAGCGUAUCCUGUGGCCGCCAGUGUGCUGAAGCUGCAGCUGAAAAGGCACCAACUGCAACCACACGAACUGCAGCAACUCGUCACCAGCUACCAUCUAAACAAGUCCCAAGCUGCUGCUGUCACGGGGCUACUACAUGGUUCUGCGCCCGUCGGCCUUGUGCAGGGUCCGCCCGGCACAGGUAAGACAACAACACUGCUGGGGCUAAUGGCUGGGGCAUACGCGCAAAUAAAGCAGCAGCAACGUCUAGGCCGAGCUUUCGAAAGGAUCACUGCAACGCCUGCAGCGGCAGCCGCAGCAGCAGCAGCAGAGCACGGCAGAAAGAAGAUCCUCGUGUGCGCACCCUCGAACGCAGCAGUUGACGAAGUCGCUGAAAGAAUCAUUGAAAGUGGACUGGUCGACCCUUACACCGGACAGAAUGUACACCCUGUCUGCCUCCGCAUCGGGCACCCGGAUAGAAUACGGCCUUCUGUGCGGUCCAUCAGCUACGACUCGGCUUACUCCAAAUUGCUGCAGCAAAAUGAGGCGUUGCUGCGGCAGCAGUUCGGGGAAGAAACAAGUGUGCUGCUGCAGCGGCGGGAACAGGUGCAGCGGAAGAUAGACGCGAUCGAGCAGCAGCAGCAGCGACAGCAACAGCAGCAGAUCCUCUUGCAGCGCAAAGAACAGCAGAAGCAGCUGCUGCAGGCUGCCGCGCAUAUCCUCAGAGAAGAAGGCCAAUCAGAAGAGGCAGCAGCUCUUGCUGCUGCCGGGACCAGCAGCAGUAGCGGCAGUAACAACGAUUUAAAUCGAGGCAAUGCGUCUUCUCCCUCCUCCAGCAGCAUCGCUGCUUCCUCUGUCGUGUCCGAUACAUCGCAACGGCCGCCCCCGCAGCAGAAGAGUGCAGAAAGCCUGAACCUUCAGCUGCAGCAGCAGCUUGCCGAGAAGCGGCAACUUGGCGAUUUGCUGCACCGCAAGCGGCGGGGUUUGCAAACCCGUCUUGGUUCUCUGCCGCGUCUUGUGCGGAAACAGCUAGUUGCCUCAGCAGAUAUAAUCUUUGCUACCUUGUCUGGCUGCGGCUCGGAGGCUCUAGACCCUAUCAACGAGCAGGACGCAGAGGCAGAUGCACUGGAAGCGACUGCAGCUGCAGCAGAAGCAGCAGGAGCUGGCUCCACCAAGGCAGGUCGAGGGAAAAGGCCCCUCACAACGAGCAGCGCCACUAGCGGCACGAGCAGCAGCAGCAGCAGCAGUAGUGUUCAUUUUGCGUAUGCCAUUGUAGAUGAGGCUGGCCAAGCCACAGAAGUGGCCAGCCUUAUUCCGCUCCGUCUUCGCUGCGAUCGGUUGCUGCUAUUCGGCGACCCGCUGCAGCUGCCGCCCCUCAUUUGUUCCUUUGCUGCCCAAACCAAAGGUCUCGGCAGGAGCCUUAUGGCUCGAUUGGCUUUGUGCUGCCAGCAGCAGCAGGAGCAACAGGAGCAACAGGAGCGGGAAGAUGUUGCGUUUUAUUUCCUCUCCACGCAGUACCGCAUGCAUCCGCUGAUUGCAGAGUUCCCCGGGCGUGUAUUUUAUGGGGGACGUCUAGAGACAGACAAAUCUGUUCUCGAAAGAGGCCCGCUGCCGGCCCCUCUCAGAGGGGCUUACCUUCGUUUUUUCCAUAUGCGCUGCCCUCCUCGGCGAGAAGAAACAGCAGCAGCAGCAGGGGCGUCAGGGGGUCUGGGAGGUCCCAGACUUUCAUUCUGUAAUAAAGGCGAGGCGCUGUUUGUGGCGCAGUUGGUGCUCCUUUUGCACAAGACGUUCCAGCAACAACAGCAGCAGAAGCCGCAGCAGGUGUCGUUAUCGCUUUCUGAUGUUGGCAUCAUAUCUCCCUACAGGGCACAGGCCGAGCUUAUUCUCUCUUUGUUGAAAGCCUCCCCCGAGCUGCGGGGGGCCACCCUGCCCGAGACAGACACUGUAGAUGCAUUUCAGGGUAGGGAGAAGGCAGUGAUCAUUGUAUCUUUUGUGCGGUCGGGGUCCCCCGGACAGACCCACAAACAGCAGCAACAGCAGGAUGCUGCUGCUGCUACUGCUGGGGCUUGGGGGCUUGCAGAUGAUGGACAUCAACAGCUACCCCUCGAUAUAUUUGCCAUGCAAAAGUCGUCCACUGAUGAAGCGGCGGCGCAAGCACCACCAGAAGCAGCAGCAGGUAAUAACCGUCGGCUAGGGUUUGUUGCGGAUGAACGGCGGCUUAAUGUUUCUCUCACAAGGGCUAAGAGGGCCCUGUGGCUAGUUGGGGAUGCUUUGUUGCUGGAAAGCAGCAGCCUCCUGCGGCGUCUAGUCUCCUUUGUCAAGUCGGUCCCCGGCGCGUGCAUAGAUGUGGUGCAGCAGCAGGAGCACCACCACAACCACCGCCACGAACAGAACACAGAGCAGCAGCAGGAGUGGACGCGAAAGGUCAUCACCAAGGGAGACAUAGAUUCAUUUUUCGCCUUUAUGCGCCGCCACACAAUUAAGGCCAACAUGCAGCAAAAUGUUCAGGAGCUUCGGAAGCGUGUGAAGAAGCAGAACAUGGAUGCAGAGCUUUCUGCUGUAGCACUUCCUGACUCGUCAAAUACUAGUAGCUCGCCCAGGCACAGUACUCUCACGGCGAAGCACGCAGCCCCUCUGCUCGAAGAACGGAGCAGCAAAUGCAGCAGCAAGGAGCGGCAACAAACAGCAUCCGCAGAUCGGCACACUGCAUCGCGCAUUGCCACGGAAGAUCCCUUGGUACGGAAAGUCAAGCAGCAGAAACAAGAAGAGCAGCUUGAGAAGCAACAGCAUCGGCAAGUUGAGCGUCAGCAGCACCACAGCGUACAGCGGCAGCACGAGCGGCAGCAGCAGCCAGGGAGGAAAGACCGGUAG